UCAGAUUAGGGAGAAGCCGAAUGAGCAAAAAAAUCCACCGCUGUCCAGUCUCCACCCUCACCACAUCCACACGCAUCUAUCUUCCUCACAACACGGAACUAACCAAAAUCUCCAAAACCCAUUACCCAAAAGAUCAAUUGCAGAGCUGAAUCAUGGAGAUUUCAUCUGUAACUCUCUCCUUCUCAAGACUCCCACUUGCUCUCCCCUUCUCUUCGUCUCAUUCCACCUUAUUCAACACCUCCACUCUUUCAUAUACAGCCAACAAUUCUAUCAAUAAUUCUCUGGUUCUAGGUAAAACCAGAAGCAGAAAUUUGAGGACCAGAAAGGGUCUCACUUGCAAUGCUUUGUUUGGUCUCGGAGUGCCUGAGUUGGUUGUGAUUGCUGGAGUGGCUGCUCUUGUGUUUGGGCCCAAGAAGCUGCCUGAAGUAGGGAAGAGUAUCGGGAAGACUGUCAAGAGCUUUCAACAGGCUGCAAAAGAGUUUGAGUCUGAGCUUAAGAAGGAGCCCGAUUCUCUAUCAGAGAGCCCAGGAGAAAAACCUACAGCAGUCAGUGAAGAGAAGAAACAAGAUGUUGAAGUCUCAAGCUCUAAGGAGAGUAUAUGAGAAGACUGUAGAAACAUGUAGUUGAUGCAAUUUUUCCAGCUUUCUUGUGUAAUUCCCAUGUGUUCAGAUCAAAUCAUUUAUUGCGGAAUAGAUCAGUUAGAAAUCUCAAUGUGAAAUGGUAAAAUGAUCAUAUUCUAGAAUUGAAAAA